GCAUCCUGUCGACGUCAACAUGUCUACGAACGUCACGAUAUGCGGUCAUACAAGGAAAAUUUCCUGUUUUGUUUUUAACAUAUGUAUGUGAAAAAAAUGAAUGUCAGUUAAUAAUAAUAGAUUAACUUGAUCAGAAAUAUAACUAUCUCAAGUACAGACAUCAAGAGAAUGAUUAUUCUAAGCUAACUCAUUGAAUAAACACAAGAUGCACAAAGGCUUUUCUAUAUUCAAUAUCACACUGGAUGGUGUGGAUAACAAUACGUGCGCAACCCCAGGGAGAUCAAACAAAACAGUGAUUAGCAAUCUAUAUGAAGGUAAAUUAAAUGUCCUUCGUAAUCUGAAAUUUGAAGUAGUUGGUUCCUAUCCCUAUAUUGUAGUGAUAGUUUAGUUACUGAUAAAGGAUAAACAGUAGUUAAACACAUUGUUAAACAAUGAAUUCAGGAUGUGUUUCAGAUGUUAUUUAGUAAUACAGUAAUUUAAUCCUUACAAAGCUUCAUGAAAAUUAGUACUUGUUAUAUGAAGGUUUACUAAACCAAUUGAGUGGAAGAUAAAGGUAUACCAGAAACAAUCAUCCUAAAUGUGGUCUGCUGGAUCGCUCUCAUUCUUCUCUUUGCGAUACUACGGAAUAGAGCAUGGGAUUAUGGUAGACUCGCAUUGGUCCACACAGAAAAGUGGACGCAACUUUUCUACAAAAAUACCGACGAUGCUGUAGCAGUAGAAGAGCUGAACAACCACAACGAAAUUUCUCUUAUAGCCGACACGGGAUGUCUGUGGUUCCCCGCAAUAUUCAAAAUCGGCAGAGACAAGAUAUAUCAACGAUGUGGCCCAGACGCUGCACACUAUCUCUCUUUUCAAAAUCAGUUAUUGUUACUCAUGCUUGUCAUCAGCAUUUUCUCGAUAUGCGUUAUACUACCAAUAAACUUUCAAGGCUCUUUGCAAGGUGACAAGACGACAUUUGGACAUACCACUAUCAGCAACUUGCCAUCUGAUUCCAAGUGGUUAUGGGUACAUAUACUUGGCUCCAUUUUGGUCGUUCCUGUUAUGAUUCUAAUAAUGCGGAAAUGUUCGGGUAGGAUGCCUAGCACUACAGUUAUAUCAUCAAAAACGGUAUUGGUAACAAACAUAUCAAAGAUUCAUCGAAAUCCUGAAGAUAUAAAAAGCUACUUUACUGUGAGAUAUCCAGGAAUAGAGGUUGUAGAUGUGAAAUUAGCGUAUAGAGUAAAAACUUUGACAGAUUUGGAAAGGACUAGGGAAAGGGUUCAUGAAGCUCACGUUUACUGCCUACAAAAUCUUCAAAAAGGCGACAUGAAAAUACAACCAAGAGGUUGUAUAGCUUGCUGUCCCUGUGGCGCUGUAAACGCCCUUGAGUAUUAUGCUCGAGAAGAGGAUAAACUCAAUCAUCUAGUAUUUGAAGAGAGGGUUAGAGCAUUACAAAACCCACUUGGCAUAGCUUUCGUUACUUUUAACUCUGAAGAAACGGCACAGCAUGUUGUACGUUCUUUUAAGCCUGGUAGUCAUAGGAACUGGGUGAUAGUGAAAGCGCCUUCACCAAUAGAUAUAAACUGGGAAAACUUAGAAAUUUCUUAUAGGCAUUGGUAUCUAAAAGCAAUAAUCAUUAACAGUAUUUUAUUUAUUAUUUUGUUCUUCCUCACCACUCCUCUUAUAGUAGUGAAUAUCCUUCUGAACUCGACAUCCGCACAAGAAUUUUUCUUCAAAAAACUCAGCCCGGUGAUAUCAGAGUUCCUGCCCACAUUGAUGAUGCUGUCAAUGUCUGCAACCAUGCCAGUUAUGGUCUCCUACUCUGAUGAGUGGAUGUCCCAUUGGACAAAGUCUAAGCAAAAUCAUACGACGAUGUACAAAACAUUCUUCUUCCUUUUGUUUAUGGUGUUAAUUUUGCCUUCAUUGGGUCUAACAAGCGCUCAGGCAUUAAUUGAGACUCACGACAUUCACCAUUGGGAAUGUAUUUUUCUAGCAGACAAAGGAGCGUUUUUCGUAAACUACGUCAUCACCUCCGCUCUUAUUGGUACUGCAUUGGAGCUGCUCAGAUUUCCUGAGCUGACGAUGUAUGCUUGGAGGCUGCUGCGUAUUAAAUCCGAGGCUGAGAAACCAACCAUUAGGAAGGAAAUUCUUUCGGAAUUUCCUUUUGGUAUCCAUUAUGCUUGGACGCUUCUUAUAUUUACCGUUUGCACAGUGUAUAGUUUAACGUGUCCGCUAAUAACGCCUUUUGGAUUAUUGUAUCUGUCACUAAAACACAUGGUUGAUAAGUACAACAUCUAUUAUGUAUAUAGGCCCAUCACGAUGUCGGGCGAGGGUCAACAAAUCCACGCAGAUGCAGUGAAAAUGGUACGAGUGGCAAUCCUGCUUUUGCAGCUGAUCACAGCUAUGUUCUUCUACUUGAGAGCAGAUUUAAAUUUAACCACUUGCAUAGCGUUCUUGGGUUUCUUAGUCACUAUGUGCUUUUUCCUUUUCAUUGGCCCUUUUCCCAGGUGUAGAGCCCCAUCUCCAUUAAGUGCUAAUACCAGUACCACUGACUUGCAUGAGCAAUAUAUUGCCCCCGUUCUACUGAGUUCUAGUUGCCUUGAAAACGUUCCUAAUGAUAAUAACAAAUCAUUUUAUGGAUCGCCUAAUGAUGGGAAUCCUAACAUUGUAGCCGGUGACGAAAGUAAUAGUAAUCAGACACAGUCACAGCCCAUCAAUGCAGAUCAAAUUAUUCUUCCAGACAUUGGGUCCAGCGAGGCUUGAAUGCCUUUUUUCUUUGAUUGUAUUUCAACAUCACUCCAGUCGAAUGAGAAAAAUGUCUAUGUAGACCAAGUCAUACUGUACAGACCAUACACUUUCAAAAGUUGAAGUCAUUGCUCUUGCACGGUUUGUCAUAUUUUUAUACAUUUUACACCCUUCUGCACUUGUUUAGUGCUAGUGGGGAAUUGAAACCUGCGAUCUUUGACAAUGGAAUUCUAUUUGGCAUGUUAGCAAAUUGAAAUUUCUCCAAAACUCGCACCUUGAGCGAUCAAGAACUAAAUUGUCAUUAUUUUGUUGUUUGAAUCACUAUAAUAUAGCUUUCAAACGUGUAUUACCUUGAACUCAUGUGAUGUACUGUAUCACUUUAUUCGAUUUGAGUACUACUUUUUACCAAAAAAAUCUGUUUUCAUUGUGUGUGAGUAACACUAUUAAGCUUUGUUUAAUCUGGGCUUUACUUUUGUAUUCGUAUUUAACCGUACUAUAACUAGUCAUUUUGAUGACAUUUUUUAUUAGCGUCUUCCAAUGUUGGAAAGCCCUUGUUGUUUGUAAUUCCACUGUAAUGUAAAAUUUGGUAUCUAUAUACUAAAUGAGAAGAAAUUGAGUCCUACAUUUGCACAGGGUGUCUAAACUUUCGACAUUAGAAAUACAGGCUACGACAGUGACCAAAAAUUCUUAUUCAUUGGAGGUGUAGACAUUUUGAAACACCCUGUACAUGUAACAAAAAUAUAGCGACGUAUUCAUUUAACAGUAUUUUGUUAGUUUUUUAAUUGUAAAUUUUUGUUAACUGCAAAUAAAUUCACGUUCACUAUGAAAUGUCUAACGUGCUUGAUGCCUCACAGUCUUUUUGCUAAAUAAUGUUUAGCGUGAAUUUAUUUAUAGUUAGGUUUAAGUUAUCAUGAUCUGAUUGCAUUGUUUUUAUAUAUUUUGUAGCUGCAAUAUUUUUUUGGAAGUCCAGUAAUCAGACCACAUUUUUGUUGUAGCUUUGGAGAGCAGACCAUUUGAUAAUAGGCAAACUCUUCAAUGUAAUUAUAAGUUAAAAACUAAUAUACAGACUAAAAAUGUAACUACAAUUUUUGCAUGAUCUUCAAACGGUGCUACUAGCCAAUUAAAAACAUUGAAAGAUUAAAAUUUUAGUCAUUCUUCUUUCUUUUUCUCUUUAAGAACAGAAUGUAUAUAUUAUAUUUAUAUACUAUAUUGGAUAACGUUGUAUAAAAUAAUUUUAUUUAUUGUUUGUAUGAAUAAAAAUUGUUUCUCUUAAACAUA